AUGCCGCCUUUCCUGCGACCCUUCGGGCAUGGCGCCUUCAGAUCGGAGCACAAAGUCAGUGAUUCGUACUCCAGCGCUAGCAUGAAACUUCUGAUCCUCACCACUUUGCUGGCUGCCGCCAAUGCUGCUCCUGGACUCCUUGACUAUGGACAUUCGGCACCGGACUACAGCUACGCACAUGCUGCUCCCGCCAUCACCUAUGCGGCUGCAGCUCCAGUGAUCAAGUCGUAUGCCGCUCCCGCCAUCACCUAUGCUGCUCCGGCUCCAGUGAUCAAGUCCUACGCUGCUCCGGCCAUCAGUUAUGCCCAUGCUGCUCCGGCCAUCAGCUACGCCGCUCCCACGGUGGUCAAGUCCUAUGCUGCUCCCGUGGCGGUGAAGGUGGCUGCUCCGGCCACCAGCUACUCGCACUUCAGCUCGGUUGUUUCCCAUGCCACGCCCAUUGUCAAGUCGUACGCCGCUCCGGCCAUCGCCUAUGCCGCUCCAGCUCCCGUGAUCAAAUCCUACGCAGCUCCGGCCAUCAGCUAUGCCCAUGCUGCUCCCGCCAUUAGCUACGCUGCUCCCACGGUGGUCAAGUCCUACGCGGCUCCAGCCAUCAGCUACGCAGCUCCUACUCUUCUGAAGUCCUACGCUGCUCCGGCCAUCUCCUUGGGCGGCUACGAUGGUCACGGCUACGGCUACCACUAA